GUUACAUAUUGUGUGACUAAUACGUCCCACGCAUAACAUAGCCCGCAAAAGAAAAUAAACAAAUGCAGUGUAAUUCACAGCUUGUGGCCGCGUCAUGUGUCAUAGCGGUAUUGAUGUCGACGGCGCAGGCAGGACUGCAGCCAGGUGGCAAGAUAAUCGAACUGGACGAGGAUAAUUGGCACUUGAUGCUCAAGGGAGAAUGGAUGAUUGAAUUCUUUGCCCCUUGGUGCCCGGCCUGCAAGAACUUGGGACCCACUUGGGAGCGGUUUGCACGCGUUGCGAAAGAUGUCAAAGUGGAGGUGGCCAAAAUCGAUGUGACCACAUCACCAUCCCUCAGCGGACGUUUCUUUGUCACAGCCUUGCCCACCAUCUAUCACGUCAAAGAUGGCGAAUUCCGUCCGUAUCGUGGAGCCCGCGACGGGGACGCUCUGCUGUACUUUGUGAAGAAGCAGCAGUGGCAGAAAAUUGAGCCGCUAUCCGCCUGGAAGAAGCCUGAUACCAUACACAUGUCCGUGCUUUCCUAUUUCUUCAAACUGUCGCACACCCUGAAGGACUUCAACGGACGCCUUCAAGAGGAAUAUGGACUGCCCACAUGGGGCUCCUAUGCUCUGUUUGCAAUCGCCACCAUCUUCGUUGGAGCUGCAUUGGGACUGCUGCUAGUGUGCCUUGUGGACUUUGUGUAUCCACCCAAGAAAUCGCAGCGACAGAGCUUCUCCGAGUCUCAGGAUAAUCUAGCUGAGGGCGUUGAAGAUCUGGCCACCGAGGAAAUCGAAGAUGAUGGCGAGGCUGACGACGAUGAUGAUGAGGAGCAGCAGCGUGACAGCGUCGACGAAGAAGAGCCGGAAGACGAGAAGGAGGACGAUGAAGCCGAUGAUGAUGGUGAGCCGGAGAAGACCGACAAAGAAGUAGCGCAGCAGGGUGGCGAUGCCGUUCCAGAAAAACUCGAAAAGACAGACCAAGUGCGCAAGCGCAAACCUCGUAAGGCGGAUUAGAUCCAGUCGGUCUCAGUAAUUGGACCAGCAGCAAAAGACUAACGAACUGAAAUAGAAUCGAGAAAAAAUCGCAUUUUUCAAAGCAAAUCGUUUUCACAUAUACUUUCAGCAUGUCAGGUCCUCUGCUCUGCGCACAAAAAAAAAGAUUUUCCACACUUAAUACCAGCAUUAAAAGCAAAGCCAGUUUCCACGUGCUAUGGCACCUUAACAUGUAUUUCUUAAAUAUGGAAACUGUAAACGAAACUUAACAAUAACUAACUUAAACCUUAGUCGUACACUUUCAUUUUUGUUGCAAAAGCCUUGUGUUCAUAAUUGUUUUCCUUCUCGAUAAUGUAAUAAUAAA